AUGCCACCUACGGACGUUCUUCUGGCCUCUUCUCCAAGCUCGAGUAUAACAAGCGACUUCGAAAGUGACCCGAAGUGGACUGGCAGUCCUGCACAGACACCUGCCAGUUGUCUCAGCGUAACGGCGAGUAGCGGACCCAUGUGCCGCAUUUGCCACGAGGGAGACCAACAGGACUCGCCCGUGUCGCUGUGCAGGUGCUCGGGCACCAUGGGCCUCCUGCACAUCAUCUGCCUAGAGCGCUGGCUGAACGCCCGAAACAUAGAUCUUUGCGAACUUUGCCACCACCGCUUUCCAACCGCGGGCCAUGCCACUUGCGUGCGCCAGUUCUUCCACUAG